ACCAAACAUAAAAACAUAAACACUUUGCAUCAGCCUGUUGGGACGUGUUGCCAGAUCCGUCCGGGGAUUUUUUUUAAAGUCACUUUUUUGUCCGAGGGUUCAAGUCCCGAGGUGAUUAUUUUUAGCCACACCUGGCAACUCUGCAGAAGAGCAUGACUGAGUACGUCGAGUUUGAAGGCGUGUGAAGGAGGAACAUUACAGCCGAGAUAUUAAGUAGUUUUGUAGCAUGGACGAGCUAAAGCAUCAGGUUAUGAUAAACCAGUUUGUUCUGAUAGCUGGAUGUGCCUCAGAUCAGGCAAAGCAGCUUCUCCAAGCGGAACACUGGCAGUUUGAGAUGUGCACACCUGCCAACACCCCAGCAACUCCCCCCAACUUCCCGGACGCCCUGGCCAUGUUCUCCCACCUGCGAGCCUCCGAGAGCAUCGGUGCCAGUCCUAUUGCCUCCAUGGCUACCUCUCCUCCUCCCUACAUUAACUGGGCUGUGGGACCCACACCACCCUCAAGCCAGCAGGGGCUUUGGGCAGCUGGUCAGCUUCCUACUCACACCACGGUUAACCAACAGCCGACAUCCGAGCAGCCCGUGGAGGCCGAGAGAUGAGAGCACAAGCUCCUGCUGGGCCUCCACAAUGCAGGAUGAGGAACGACGUCAUAAAGAGAAGUGGAUAAAGCACUGAAAGACUGAGAAACAUGAGUAAUGAAGACUGAACAUGUGUUCUCAUUUAAGAGACAGAACAGAAAACAGUUCACUGGUGUUUUUGUUUGUUUUGUAGUCCAGUGAUCUCCUGGAUGAAACAUGUACUUCAGACCUCAAGCUUCACAAGUGUGUAUGGGUUUAUUAGCUUAUUUCUCAUCACUCACAGAGGAGUUUUAGUCAGCAAAAAAAUACACACACACACGCACAUUGUUUGCACUGAAACAUCUAUAAUUUUCUAACAUACUUUUGUUCUUUCCAAAAGAAAACAGUGUCUGUCAGGUGGUGAUGUCAUAAUCAGGCUUGAUGAUGUUACACCAGAAAAGAAGGCUGUACAACACAAUAAUAGCUAAAACCAUCAAAUUAUUACAUGUUUUUUUUUGUCAAUUUAUGGAGAUGACACUUAUUCACUGUUAUAUAUUUUAUCAUGUUAAAUAAAAAAUUUUUUUUUCA